AUGGCCUAUGAGGAAGAUGCCCAGUUCAAAGCAUUUGGUCCAGACACCCCAGCCACAAGACUUCAGGAGGUGAUGACCAAAACCCUAGGAGAUUCAAGGCUUGUCGAGCUUGCCCACCAGAGGGCCAAGGACAUUAUCAGGACCCCAAAGCAGGGCCAAUUUAGCAACACUGCUAUAAUGCAGAGAAUUCUGGCAUCUGACAUUUUGGAAGCCAGGAAAAUGAACACAGUGAAGGUUGCAGCUUCCACAAAAGUCCAGGCAGGCACAAACAGAACAGAACUCAACUCCAUCAAUGCUCUGAUGAAAGCCUCCACACACAACCUCCCCAAGAGCAUGCAGGCCAUCAUGCUACCACAAGGGGUGACCUCCCAGUGGCCAAGCCCAACACCACAUGGGCUUUGGCAAAGCGCUGCAGCCACACAGUGGUUGUUCAACUACUGGCCAAAAGCAGGCACUUUUCCAAGGGGGGUGACAUGCAACUCAGCAUGGCAAUCCAUUCUAGCAACACCAGGCACAUGUGUUGCGCAAAGGUCCACAGCUUCCAUCAUGAGGGUUGUGGCCAGUGCAGAAUUCUCUUUCCUAGCUUGGGAGAUGGCAGUGGAACAGAGUGACACUGGAGAGACCAUCUAUGUCAUGAAGCCUAGCAGACAGCACUUGGUGUGGAAGAGUAUUGUUGACCUUGAUGACUGGGCUGCAAUCCCAACAGAACCCACUUUGGCCAAUGUCUUCCAGGGGCCUGUGGGUUGGAGGAGGUCAGGGGAACCCAUGUCUUUGCCAAUGGCUCUUUGCUUGGCAGGCACGCCCAUUACAGUCCAACAAAUCAAGGAUCUCAUUGUGCUACUUGGUGGAGAUCCAGUGAGAGGAGUGCCAAGCAGGCAGCAUUGUGAAGACAUCCUUUUCCAAAUGCUUUUCAAUCCAGAAGACCUUCAAGAGGCCAAAACCAAAGCUGAGCAGUAUGUGUCAGCCAAGAAGCCCAAUAAGGACAUUGACAGUGAGUUCUCAGAGGUCCUGAGUGAACUGGGGCAUGAUGAAAACAACCAACAGGACUUGAAAGAUUUGAAGGUGAAGAGAAGGAAGGCAAGACUGAAGAGAAAAGCAGAUGAAGACAUCAUUGGUGGAAAAAAGAGAAAGCUAGGUGCUCUCAUCAAUUCAGUAGCCAAAAGGCUGAAGGCUCAAAGGGAAGGAACACUGCACACUGCAGCACAACCCCCUCCACCCCCUGAGCCUGAACACAAAGGUGGGACACCUGCACCAAAGGUCUACAGGAGCCCAGAGGAGAUCUUGGCUAAGAUCUCCCCACCUCACUGUGUGAUAGGCCUCAGCUUUGUGGACCACAGAUUCAAUUGCAGGUAUUCUGUGGAGCAUGAGGUGCUAGAAGGUUUGGCUUAUGCUGCACCAUCCAAAACAGCAUCCUUUGCGCAAAGAAGGGGGUGGCAGGCAGCACUCCAAAUCAUACACCAGUUCUGCUGGGAGAAGUGGAGUUUGAUCAGGGCAGACCACCCCCUCCCAGAGGGCAUGGAGGAACAAGCCCCAGGAAAGGUUCCACCAGAGGUGUUGGAAGCCCUACAGCCAAUCAUCGAUGGCCUUCCACCAGCAAGAGUUGAUUCCAAGCCAUAUGAAGCUGCUGGAAAAGAGGUGUGCCUCAAGACCUUGCCCUUGGCAUGCAUUCCCUUUGACAGCUCUUGCAAGCCCUGUGAAACUUUACCCCUUUGCCUGUAA